AAGAGAAUGACAGAUCUAGAAGAACAAGAUUAGCCUGAACACACUGAAGCGACACAGCAACCUGCGCAGUUCAUCGCUGGAAAGACAAUCUGUGCCUCAGUGUAAACAGAAGAUGUGACAGAAGCAGGUGUACACAUCUAACACGAUGGCUGCUCCCCCAGUUGUACCCAGGAGUCAGCCAAAGUCUAUCAAAGUAUUGCCUACAAAUGGUACAGCCGCUGAUCUCGGUCCCACAGGUGUACAUGCAAUGAAUGGAGGAGACAGAGUGAAAACAGAUACACAUCUGAUUCAUGCACAGAGAGAAGUUGAGCUGGUGAAUCACUGUUUUGCGGAUGUGGAGCGUUUCAUGGCCCGUCUGCAGCAGACAGCAGAGGCUAAGAAUAUUCAGGAGCAGCUGAAGCGAUCGAAAAAAAAGAGUCGCAAAAAAAACAAGACCAAGAAGAAUAAAAAGGAUGACGAGCCUCCCCCACAAAAGGUAACCCCACCAUCAGAACAAGAGUUUGUGGAUAUUUUUCAGAAGAUCAAGUAUUCUUUCUGUCUGCUGGAUCGCCUAAAGAUGAAAAUCUCCGAGCCCUCUUCUGAAGAACUCUUGCACCAUGUCUUUGUCCCUUUGCAACUGAUGGUGAAGACGACGGGUGGUCCUAAGUUGGCAUCAUCAGUCUCCAGUCCCGCUCUGACCAGUGGAGCAAUCUCUCUACUCCAGCACAAUCUCAAUGAGCAAGAGAAAACACUAUGGACGUCACUCGGACCAAACUGGACCCUGCCAUACUCUCAGCUCAGCGAGACUGUGCCUCAAUACACACCUGUCUUUUUGGAUGGUUGGCAGCCGAUAGCUGUAGGUGCCAAUGGACAGCCUAUCGAGGACCCCAUAGAGUCCCAGCACAAACAUGAAGGCCUUUUACAGACCCAGCAAGUAAUUGAUCAGGCACGUCUAACUGUACACCAGGAGAAUGACGGGAUGGAGCCUCUUCCUCCUCAUGAAGAAAGGAUGUAUCGCUGCAGUUAUGACUUUGUGGCACGAAACAGCAGUGAACUCUCAGUCCUACAUGGUGAAACUCUGGAGGUGUUGGAGUCUUCAAAGCGAUGGUGGAAGUGUAAGAAUAAUUAUGGCCAAACUGGCUUCGUUCCACACAAUAUCCUCGAGCCCAUCAAUCACGCUGAAGUUGACUCUACUAAUGUUGUAAUGCGCAACCAGUCCACGAAAGCUCCCAUCUCUCCGCUGAGAGGAGGCAGAAUGUCGUACGCUGCACCCAAAUCCGAAAAUACAGUCCACACUGAUCCACGGCCACUCAGCAUGUCAUCAUUUGCAGAUGAUGGAGAAAAAGUUGUGUUGAUGAAUGAUGAGCUCAUACAGCGAUUGGCCAAUGGGAGGCCAGCAUCAGUACGGCCAAUGGUGAUCAAUAAAGCCAAUGAGACGACGGCGCCGCUGGAUUAUCACUCUCCUCAAGCUGAGGUGCAGGAGUGGCUCAAGGCUAAAGGCUUCAAUGAGAACACUGUGCACAGUCUGGGGGUCCUGAACGGGGCUCAGCUCUUUUCUCUGAACAAGGAGGAGCUGCGGUCCGUUUGUCCAGAAGAGGGAGCCAGAGUCUACAGCCAGAUCACCGUGCAGAAAUUACUGCUGGAGGAUGUAAGAAAAGCCACUGAGCUGGAGGCCAUAAUGAAGAAACAGAAGAUGAAGGCUGAUCUGAAAUCAGAGGGUGGAGAAUUUUAAUUUUCUUUUUCACUCCCACAAUCAGACAAGCAUUUAUGUUGAUGCUUUUUACAGACAGUGUGGCAUGAAUCAAGUGUUCGCUAACUGCAGUACAAUGAUCUCUGUUGUUUUAAUGUCAUUUGGUAAUAUAUAGAUAUUUCAUCGCCUUAACAUAUAGAAAUCAAACCUUGUAUAUUCCUCAUUGUAUUGUAUAAAUAAAAUGAAUAAACAUAUUGAUGGUGUUCAUAUUUUA